UUUGUUGACUACUAGCGCCAUAUUUACAUCUACAUAAUAUAAUCAAGAUACAAUUUAAAUUGAUCGAGCUGUACACAGAGAAGUUCAACAAAUUGUCAAUCAGUUUUUUUGUUUAGUCAAAAUAUUUAUAAUUCAUAGUAAUCUGAGGGUAAUCAUAAUAAGAAAAUGUGUUUAACUGCUUUAAUGUGAUAUAAAGCGUAAAACUAUGUGUUGAACGAGCCGCCAGGAAUUGAGAAAGAUAGAUUAAUCAAAAAUAAACUGGAGAAACUUUCUAAUUGCCGUCGAGAACAACAACAACGCUGGCAAAAUGGCGUUUUCAAUACGUAAAAUGUUUUCAAAUAUAUCGUAUUUUUCGAAAUCUGGUGAGCAGAGUCAAUCUACUGAACAACCAGUACUCGAAAGCGUAGCAAGUACUUCUUCAAGGCCUGAGUCGUCACAGAACAUAGAAUUUAUAUCUAUCGAACCAGAUUCUACGUCAAAACCCCAUGCAACAAGUCUGAAACUCCCAACAUCAGUGAAAAAUUUUGCAGCGAAAAAAGGUUCCUUGUCUGAUACCGACCUCCUUAACAUCGACGAGGUUACCACUAAAGGCCGCAAAUCAAAAAGCCGCAGUUUGAAAAUAGACAUAAAACAAGCUAGCCGCUCUAUGAAUGAAUCUUUGUACCAAGGAGACCGCCAACACAAUGAAAAUACACCCCCACACAUCUCCUUAGACUGUCAGAGCGCUAAUCUCUUCAGUCAGAGGUUCAAACAGCUUAACUUCAGUCAGUCUUUCGAGUUUGACAUAUCAACGGAGUCCGAUGAGGAGUUAGAUAUUGAAUCUUUAUCCGAAUGCUCCGACACGGAUCUUUCAGGUAAAGAAGACAAAAAAUCAAGGGUCAAAAUGUGCCGCAAAGUUGAAACGACCAGUGAAAACCAGUUGGUGCGUUCAGGAACUCCUGAAUCCUUCGGUGAUGUCGAACUAGAAAGGAAUGAAGAAGAACGAGUCUCCUUGUUACUCAGUUACCAGUUGAAGUUGGAAAAAAUUGAGUGUGUUCUGCGAAAACUGCUUGCUGAAUUCCAAUUUCAUAUUGAAGUAGCCAAAGUAUUCACCUGUCGGUCUUUUGUUACAAUGUUACCUGGUACGGACCUUUCAGAGAUCCCGAAGAUGUUUGGUCAAGUUACAUAUAUUGAUCAUGGGGACCGGAACAGCCCAGUGGAGGCCUGGAACUUUGUGAUAGACAAGCAGGAUGAUGAAACGAAGUACAAGUUCCGGAAACAAAUGCUUGGUCUGCGAAACUCCCUAGAUACUUUUGUUGGGACCUACUUGCAAGAGGAGAAGAUGAAGCCUAAAGCAGUAUUCCGACGCACCAUCACAUUCGACCUUCAUAAAGGCAAGCGCAUACACAAAACUGCGAAAGUCACCAAUAAGAAGCGGAUCAAACACUUUGAUUUCCCUGAUUACCGAGAUGCCUUCCUGAAUCUCUUCAAAGAGGCUAAGUUUGAUGAAACUGACACUCAUUUAGACCAUAGCAGUGAUGAGUCUGAUCACAAAUGCUCCUGUCAGUGCCAUAAUCACUCCAUCAGCCAAUCAGACUCCGGUUUGGCGUCAAAGGAAAGCAUGUCCAACCAAUCCAUCACGUCUUCCAUCGGAAACUUCAGUUUAGAUUCAACUACUCUAUCUGCCUUCUCUGAAUCUCUAGAUCAAGUGAUCAGCUACAACAGUUUUGAAGAUUCAACGCUGUUCAAUACUCUUCAGCAAAAACCUGCCAUCGAGCGCAUUACAUUCUACGUACAAGUCCAUAGCAUACAGAUCCGAAGUGAAUUGGACAAUGAUGAAUGCAAGACUGCCAUCACAUUCUUCUGCCCAGCUUGUUCCAUCACAGAAGUUGAAGAAGAUGGUCUUUUGAAGCAUAUUUUGAGCCAAUCUCACUGCGAGAAGAUUCAUUUCUUGUACAAAAGUGUCUAUAUCAAGAAGUGUGUGGCUGCCGGCAAGGAGAUCCAACCGAGUACUGUUCUGAAUCCAAUGACAAUGUAUCGGGAUGAUAACAAGAUCAUUUGCUUCGGGGAUGCUGUGUAUGCCUGCUCAUUGUGCUUUGAAAAUCCAAUAGUGGGCGAAUCUAUUCUAAUGGCCCAUUGCAGCGAUGAAACGCACGCAGACCGCAGAGAGAAGAUGUACGAAUUGUUUGAUUAAAGAAGCUAUCGGUGAUGUAUCUUUUUAUCUCUUUUCUUCUAUAGAUCAGUUCUUCCUUCUCUCUCUGUUUCUAUACGACUGUGAAUGCAUGCGUUUGGUUUAGCAAUUUAAAAGCGAAAGGGCUGUGUUAUUUUGUCCUGCUAUGCAAUUAUUUUAGUUUCAAAUCGCUGGCGAUGUUUUAAUUGUGAUUUCUUUUUUGUAUUUGUCUGGAAACUUAUGUUAUACGCAAAAGCUCUUUCGCUUUUAAUAUUUAUAAUUGUAGUUAGUGUAGGAAUGACAUUUAUUUAAAAAAAAAACUCUC